AUGUCAAAUUUUAAACCCUUUGCUACGAAAAUGGAUGGAGUCACUCACAAGCAAGAGAAGAGUCUUACUCAGUCUGAAAAAUCACUUUCGUACUCUAGAUCUUCUUCAAUACGGGAAGACCUUGAUUGUGCUCUUUCUAAGAUAUCAGACCUCCUUGAGAAUGAUAUAAAGGAAGAUAAAUGGAAAGAUUUUAACAUUUACAAUGAAGCUAUGAAGGAUGUAGACUCAGCCUCUCAAUUUGACAUCCAUUUCGAACAAAGAAGUCCUCUUAAAGAGAAAAACAGUAAUUUAGCACUGAAUUGAGCUAGCCAAACUUCUAUGAAGAAUAUUGAUAAAUCUCCUCAUUUGAGUGCACAAGGAGCGUUCCUGGAGAAGAGGCCCAUGCAGCACGAAACUCCUGAGAAAUCAGCUAAAGACUUGGACAAACAGUGAGAAGACCUAUUCAAACUUGAGAACUGCAGCUCAGUCAAGGAGUUUGUUGAAGAGCUGUCUAAAAUUAUUGAACUCUCCAACCAGAAAGAUAGCAUGCCUGAACUUCAGGAAAGCACAGAUGUGAAAAAGGUAGACAGGAAAAAUAAGCUGUCUGAAGCAGUGCCUCUGCUUAAUAAUACAAAUCGCAGGACUACUGCUCCAAAGGAAAGCUGUCUCUCAGAUAUAAGGCGAAACUUAUGAAAUGAAAAUUUAAACUCUUCUGAUUCAAAAUCGGUCACCUCAGAAUCGAUGGGUGCUGAAGAGUUCAUUAAGAAGAUGGAGAUGGAUUCAUCCAUCUUCAAUGACUACAUCAACAAGAGCACAAGGUCCUUACGGAUCACCAAAACUCAGGACGGAAAGGAAAAUAUGUUUACUCAAAACGAGAACCCUGCACUUGAAGCUCCCAUUGAUGAUGGUAGUAAGACAAGCAAGGUGUCCUCAAGAGUAGAAAAAUCAGCUAACACAUUCAAUGAUGACAUAUUUAUGGACAUCCAAAGGCUAAUUGAACGAGACAAUAAGAAAGGGUCGAAUUGACUCAAAAAUUGUGAUGUCAGGUCCCUAAUUUCAGCUGAGACAAUGACUAAGAUUUAUCAGGAUAAAUAAGGUCCAAGAAGUGGUCAAGCGCAUCUAUGAUAGAGAGCUAAAAAUUAAGAACAAGAUAUCCGACCUCCGUAUGGCCAAACGCAUGGAGGAACUCCAGGCUUGAAGGCAAAAGCCAGAGAUCUCUGAGCGGUCAAAGAAGAUUAUACAGAAGAAGAGUUCCUGGAUUCCUAUAUAUCAACAGGAAAGAAUCGACCAAGUUCAGAAGGCCAGGAACAAAAAUAUCAACUCCCUUGCUGAGAAACUCCAAAAAGAGAAGGAUAAGAAGGCUCAACUUGAAGAAGAAAUGCUUCAGCGUUAUCACAAAAACAGAAAGAUUACUGUUUCUCAGUUUGAACAGCAAUAUACUCAGAAAAUGAGUGAAUAUCAGAGUAAUCUUAAAAUGCGUGCAGAUAAGAAACUGGAGAGAGAUCUUGAUGAAUGCACCUUCAUUCCUAUUACAAAUCAUAACAAGAAGACUAAGAAGAAGCAGUUAGAGAGCAAGUCUCAAACUCCUCUGAGAUCUGCUACUAAUGUUGUUGACAGAAUGGAGAAAUACCAGAAAGUCAAGUUUAAUAAAAUGGAGAAGCGAAGAAGAGAUCUCACUCCAAAGUUCAAGCCAAAAGUUCUAGAAACUUAUAAUAGUAGAAGAAAGAGUAGUAGAGCUAGUAAAUCCCAAAAGGCGGUCAGAGAGCGAGAAGAGAAAAGGGAAGAGAGUUCUCAGACAAUAUUAUUCUCUAGUGUUGGAUCUUCUCAUUCUAAACCCCCUCUGAAGAAAGAAGCUGUACUCUUGAAGGAAGACCAAAAGUUAAACAAGGAUUUAGAUUUAAACAAUGACUACCAUUUUGAUUUCCAGAGCCUUCCCAAUACAGAUUCCAAAAAUGAUGAAAAACCUCAAACCUGUUCCAAACCUACCAAAAUUACUCAAGAGCCUGAAUACGUAACCUUCACGAAUCUCCAUCCAAUUCUAACAUCAAAACACCCUUCCUCCAUCCCUCUGCCUCAAAAAUCAUCAGAGCCUCCUAAGACGUUCAAAACCCCUUCUAAUCCCACAAAAGUUCGUCCAGAAUCUGCUUCCACCAUCGAUCUGCCCUCUUGGAACCACUCUUCCAUCCAAUCUCUAAAAGAAGACUACAACACGCCUGAAUUUGACAGGAACACUACCACAAUCAGCUGUAAGAGCAGCUUCAGCACUAAAGAAGUCAAGUCUAGGUCCAAUAGCUCCAAAAGGACUAGUACUCAGAAAAAGAAGGCAUCCAAGAAGAAAUUUAAGUGCAAAAGUCGGAAACAAACUAAAUUUGACCCAGAUACUACUCUGAAGACAAGUAAGAGCAGACAGAGCUCUAAUUCAAGCUUUGGGAGAACAAGUAUUGAAAGAAAACCAGCAAAACCUAUCUUGAGUAGCGACCUUCAGUCUAUUCUUCAGAGCAUUAAUGUGAGCUACAGUGAUAUGUUUAACAAGAAGAGACAACAAAGUCUUAAGCGAAAGGACAACAAAUAAUCGUCACAAAGAUAUUCUCUAAUUAAAUCUAAAUGUAGAAUCUAUUGGUCACACUUAAAGAGUUCCAAUAUAUUCCCAGUAGCUUAUCUCAACAUAAGUAUUUAUUUACAUACUGUAUUUCAAAU